CAAUUAAGCUUGACGACAUCCUUGACAGGCUAUCUUCUGUAGGAAGCUGGCAAGCAAGUUACAGGGGGUCGAUGCCGAACAGGGGCUCACGGGUGGCAGCUACAUCGUAGAUAUGCGGGGAUUUGGAGCGUUUAUGAUACUCUUCGAACUUCAUUCCUCCUUCCUCCUUCGACUCUUAUUAUUCAAACUACGAGUCUCGGCAUGUCGAGCCUAAUAAACAAGAUCGGUAGCCCUUGACCAAUAAUUUAUCUCGGUAAACUUAAGGCUGCCCACUGGACCUUCCCAUACAGCUAUGUAUAUGCCAGCAUCUUCGGCAGGCUAAAAUGGCUGAGUGUGACUCGGGGUGUUUCCCCUAGUUCCUGAUUCUUGGCUUUGCAAUGCCUUCCAAGGUUCCCUAUCUUUCCUCCGCAGUUUGUUCUUGGGACCUUCUGCAACCGACAGUCAAAGCCGCAAAUCCCAUAUCCCAGGCUAAAGCUUAUUGUUCUAGAUCUACCUCUGAAUGCGAGGGCGACCUGCCCGAUCGGGGACAUGCAUAGGUACAUACCGUAGGCCAUUGCAUCAGAGCGGUGUCACUUACCAUGGAUUCCAACAUAAAGUGUAUCCUCGCAUCUCAAUUCUCGAAUUCCAUGAGAUGCGAUGCGCCUUUGAAGAUUUCUCGUCUUAGCUCACCGUCGCCAUCAUGAAGUUUCUCCAAUACGUUUUGCUGACCGCUCCCUUGGCCGUCACCUUGCAACUUGACCGGCGGGGUAAAGUCGUGUACGAUGGCUACAAGAUCUUCCGUGUGACUCCGGGAGAUGACAUCGCUGCUUUCGAAUCCCAUCUGGAAUCACUCGAAGCCAUUGACCUGACACAUAACCAUGGUCAUGUCGAUGAAGAGCACUUUGAUGUCGCCGUCCCACCUGAGAGCCUCUCUGCAUUCGAAGAGUUGAACUUCACCUCGACAGUACUCAGCGAGGAUCUCGGUGCUGAUAUCGCUCUCGAGGGGGAUCUUGCCGAAUAUCCCGCACAACAACUAAGCGCAGCUGCUCUUCCAAACUUAUCAUGGUUCAGUGCGUAUCACGCCUACGCCGACCACUUGACGUUUUUGAAAGACAUACAAUCAUCAUUUUCGUCGAACUCGGAGCUCAUUACUGCCGGAAAGUCCUUCGAAGGCCGCGAUAUCCAAGGUAUUCACCUUUGGGGAAGUGGUGGUAAAGGCUCGAAACCCGCCAUCAUUUGGCACGGCAAUGUACACGCUCGCGAAUGGAUCUCAUCGAAGGUUGUCGAGUACUUGACUUAUCAACUAGUUAACAACUACAGCAACGAUACAACAAUCAAGAGCGCCCUCGACAGCUACGACUUCUAUAUCCUUCCCAUUGUCAAUCCCGAUGGUUUCCUAUUCACACAAACUUCCAACCGUCUGUGGCGUAAAAACCGUCAGACGCGAUCCGGUUCCUCUGCCAUAGGCACUGAUGUCAACCGGAACUGGCCAUACAAGUGGGAUGGCGAAGGAUCUUCCACCAGUCCCGGUUCAGAAACGUACCGUGGCGCUGCAGCUGGCGACACUCCCGAGAACACCGGAAUUCGAGCACUGGGUGAUAAAUUAACCAACACGACCGGCAUUAAGCUGUACGUCGACUGGCACAGCUACGGCCAAUACAUCCUGACACCUUACGGCUAUUCGUGCACGGCAGCAGCAUCAAACCAGGAUAAGCAAAACUCAUUAGCUAGGAGUCUCGCUACCGCCAUCGCGAAGCCGUAUGGCACACGAUUUACCGCCGGUCCGACAUGUGCUACUCUAUACGCUACUGCCGGUGGUAGCAAUGAUUACGUGACCGAUGUCAACAAAGCCGAAUAUGGAUGGGCUAUUGAACUCCGAGAUACCGGCCGUAACGGGUUCACCCUGCCCGCUGACCAAAUCCUGCCUACCGGUAUCGAGAUCUGGGAAGGCAUGAAAUACCUUUUCGCGAAUUUUUAAACAUCUCGUAGGUGUAUAACCUCAUCUGCUGCAGAGAUGUUCGCCUAGAUAAAGGGGUAGUCGGUUCAAGAAUCGGACUUCAAACUAUUAGUAACGCUAAGAUCAGAAUUCCAAAUUC